UGGAGGCCUCUCUUACUUCGGAACUCUAUUCUAAUAAUCCUCUGAGUAUCACCUCAGCACCUUGGGCAUACUCAUGGCACAAUGGCCGACCCUCAGGAGCGCCUGAGCUGCUCCUCCUCCCCACGCUUACCCUUGAGUGAAAACAAAACCUUCAAUGGACUACAGGAUGAACUCACACCAAUGGGGAGCCAGCCUUCACCCAAGCUCCUUAAGGACCAACAGGAAAAGGGGGUGGUGCAAACAGAGCUAACUGAGGGCAUGAACAGCCCCAUCACCACAACAGUGUUGACAAGCGUAAGCGAGGAUUCCAGGGACCAGUUUGAGAACAGUGUUCUUCAGCUAAGGGAACAAGAUGAAUCAGAGAUGGCCAUGUCUCAGGGGAACAGCAACACCAUGGAUGGAGAGAGCACGAGUGGAACUGAAGACAUCAAGAUUCAGUUCAGCAGGUCGGGCAGCGGCAGUGGUGGGUUUCUUGAAGGACUAUUUGGAUGCUUAAGGCCUGUCUGGAAUAUCAUUGGGAAGGCAUAUUCCACUGAUUACAAAUUACAGCAGCAAGAUACUUGGGAAGUGCCAUUUGAGGAAAUCUCAGAGCUGCAGUGGCUGGGUAGUGGAGCCCAAGGAGCUGUCUUCUUGGGCAAGUUCCGAGCGGAGGAGGUGGCCAUCAAGAAAGUGAGAGAACAGAAUGAGACGGAUAUCAAGCAUUUGAGGAAGUUGAAGCACCCUAACAUCAUCGCUUUCAAAGGUGUUUGUACUCAGGCCCCAUGCUAUUGUAUCAUCAUGGAAUACUGUGCCCAUGGACAGCUCUACGAGGUUUUGCGAGCUGGCAGGAAGAUCACGCCUCGACUGCUAGUGGACUGGUCCACGGGAAUUGCAAGUGGAAUGAAUUAUUUGCACCUCCAUAAAAUUAUUCAUCGUGAUCUCAAAUCACCUAAUGUUUUAGUGACUCACACAGAUGCAGUCAAAAUUUCAGAUUUUGGUACAUCUAAGGAACUCAGCGAUAAAAGUACCAAGAUGUCCUUUGCUGGCACAGUCGCAUGGAUGGCGCCAGAGGUGAUACGCAAUGAACCUGUCUCUGAGAAAGUUGAUAUAUGGUCUUUUGGAGUGGUGCUCUGGGAGCUGCUGACAGGAGAGAUCCCUUACAAAGAUGUAGACUCUUCAGCCAUUAUUUGGGGUGUUGGAAGCAAUAGCCUACACCUUCCGGUCCCUUCCACUUGCCCUGAUGGAUUCAAAAUCCUUAUGAAACAGACAUGGCAGAGUAAACCUCGCAACCGACCUUCUUUUCGGCAGACACUCAUGCAUUUAGACAUCGCAUCUGCAGACGUACUUGCCACCCCACAAGAAACUUACUUCAAGUCUCAGGCUGAAUGGAGAGAAGAAGUGAAAAAACACUUUGAGAAGAUCAAAAGUGAAGGAACUUGUAUACACCGAUUAGAUGAAGAACUGAUUCGAAGGCGCAGAGAAGAGCUCAGGCAUGCUUUGGAUAUUCGUGAACACUAUGAGAGAAAACUUGAGCGAGCUAAUAAUUUAUACAUGGAACUGAGUGCCAUCAUGCUGCAACUAGAAAUGCGGGAAAAGGAGCUCAUUAAGCGUGAGCAAGCAGUGGAAAAGAAGUAUCCUGGGACCUACAAACGACACCCUGUCCGUCCAAUAAUCCACCCCAAUGCCAUGGAGAAACUCAUGAAGAGGAAGGGCAUGCCUCACAAACCUGGGAUGCAGACCAAACGGCCAGAUCUGUUGCGAUCUGAAGGUAUCCCCAGUACGGAGGUGGCUCCCACUGCAUCCCCUUUGUCCGGAAGUCCCAAAAUGUCCACCUCAAGCAACAAGAGCCGAUAUCGGAGCAAACCACGCCACCGCCGAGGGAAUAGCAGAGGCAGCCAUAGUGACUUUGCAGCCAUCUUGAAAAGCCAGCCAGCCCAAGAAAAUUCGCCCCACCCCACUUAUCUACACCAGGCUCAAUCCCAGUACCCUUCUCCCCAUCACCAUAAUCCUCUGCAGCAGCAAUACCAGCAACCCCCUCCUGCCAUGUCUCAGAGUCACCAUCCCAGACUCAACAUGCACGGACAGGACAUUGCAACCUGCGCCAACAACCUGAGGUAUUUUGGCCCGGCAGCAGCCCUGCGGAGCCCACUCAGCAACCAUGCUCAGAGACAGUUGCCUGGCUCUAGCCCUGACCUCAUCUCCACAGCCAUGGCAGCAGAUUGCUGGAGAAGUUCUGAGCCUGACAACAGCCGGGCUGGCCCCUGGGACUGUUGUCAGGCUGACCCUUAUGACCCCUGCCUCCAAUGCAGGCCAGAACAGUGUGGGUCCUUAGAUGUACCCUCUACUGAGCCAGUGGGGAGGAGCACCGACCUUUUCAAGUCACCAGCACACAAUCCUCUCUCAGAAAAUGCCCAAGGUUCUGAGAAAUUGGAAGAAAACGAAUUCAACGGCUGUAGGUCUGCAUCAUCCCUCGGCAUCCCUCAUCACAUCACCCCCCCAAUGCUACCUCGAAAAACAAGGCCCCUUCAAAAGAGUGGAGAUGACUCCUCAGAAGAGGAAGAAGGGGAAGUAGAUAGUGAAGUUGAAUUUCCCCGAAGACAGAGGCCCCAUCGCUGUAUCAGCAGUUGCCAGUCGUAUUCAACCUUUAGCUCUGAGAAUUUCUCUGUGUCUGAUGGAGAGGAGGGAAAUACCAGUGACCACUCAAACAGUCCAGAUGAGUUAGCAGAUAAACUUGAAGACCGCCUGGCGGAGAAGCUAGAUGACCUGCUGUCCCAGACGCCGGAGAUCCCCAUUGAGAUAUCCUCGCAUUCGGAUGGGCUCUCUGACAAGGAGUGUGCUGUGCGCCGCGUGAAGACACAGAUGUCUCUGGGCAAGCUGUGUGCGGAGGACCGAGGUUAUGAGAAUCCUAUGCAGUUUGAAGAAUCGGACUGUGACUCUUCAGAUGGGGAGUGUUCUGAUGCCACAGUUAGGACCAAUAAACACUACAGCUCUGCUACUUGGUAAUGAAAGAAUACCCAUCCUGAAGAUCUCAUGACUAUACUGGCAUUUCAAAUCCAUCCCACCCCGAGACUCUUCCCACUCUCUCCCUGCUUUUUUGUCUAGGAAGAGAGCUGCCCUAUCUUUCCUACCCCUAGAAACGAGCUGCAAUAACAGGAACAUGAGACUUUGCAAAUCUCUGGAAAAAAAUAUCCAAAUGAAAUUAAGUCUCACGAACUUCUCAAUCAAGAAUGGCAGGGAUCUAUUUUAUUGAAUAUUCUAGCUACUGUAACAUUGAUAUUUAUUUUUGUUUGACAUUUUAACACUUUGUACUGUAAAGAGUGAACUAUAUAUGAUAUAUAGAGAGAGACAAUAAUCUCUUGCAAAAAAAAAGAGAGAGAGAAAGGAAGAA